GUUGGAAUGGCUGAGAUCUCAUAUGUGGAAGUUGGAAUAUUUCCCGGAACGUGCAGGCGUGUGCUGUACACGUAUAGCGGCCGGGGAAGACUGCUGGGAGAGGAGAUGUCCUCUAUAUCGCACACACAGGCCGUAGCAGCAUCUCCCAUCCUAUAGGACAGCGGUGACCGCCCAUCCUCCUCCGUACAGCUCUGUGCAGGGAGCACCUGUGGGGGAGGAGCCAAUCACUGACACAUUCCCGGCCACAUACAACCAAUGGCCUCCAGCAUCGCCCAGGACUGAGAACAACAUGGAGCACAUCAGGCUGCCGAAGGUUGAAAACGUCCGUCUACUUGACCGGAUAUCUUCUAGAAAGGCAGCGUUGGGUACAUUAUAUCUUACAGCAACUCAUGUCAUUUUUGUUGAAAAUAUCUCAGAGACCCGCAAAGAAACUUGGAUUCUUCACAGCCAAAUCUCUUCUAUUGAAAAACAAGCUACAACUGCAUCAGGCUGUCCUUUACUUCUCCGCUGCAAAAACUUUCAAGUAAUUCAAAUCAUCAUCCCUCAAGAGAGAGAUUGCCAUGACAUCUACGUAUCGCUAGCCAGAUUGUCACGACCAGUUAAAUAUGAAGAGCUGUACUGCUUCUCCUUCAACCCCAAACUGGACAAGGCAGAGCGGGAAGAAGGCUGGAGGCUGAUUGACCUGAGCGGAGAGUACAGCAGAAUGGGGGUGCCCAAGAGCCUGUGGCAGCUCAGUGAAGUUAAUCGUGAUUAUCGAGUUUGUGACACGUACCCAACUGAACUCUACGUACCAAAAUCUGCUAGCGUGCCAAUCAUCGUCGGGAGCUCAAAGUUUCGUAGUCGUGGUCGUUUUCCUGUUCUGUCCUAUUAUUAUCAAGAUAAUGAUGCCUCUAUAUGUCGUAGUAGUCAGCCGCUGUCUGGAUUCAGUGCUCGCUGUCUUGAGGAUGAACAGAUGUUGCAGGCGAUAAAGAAAGCAAAUCCUGGCAGUGAUUUCCUCUAUGUCGUUGAUACCAGACCAAAACUGAAUGCCAUGGCAAACCGAGCAGCUGGGAAGGGCUAUGAGAACGAGGACAACUACUCCGACAUAAAGUUUCAAUUUAUUGGCAUUGAGAACAUCCAUGUGAUGAGGAAUAGUCUCCAGAAGAUUUUGGAAGUAUGUGAACUUCGAUCGCCAUCUAUGGGUGAAUUCCUGUGGGGUCUGGAAUCAUCUGGGUGGUUAAAGCACAUCAAGACCAUACUGGAUGCCGGCAUCUUCAUUGCCAAGGCAGUAGCUGAAGAAGGGACUAGUGUCCUCGUCCACUGUUCUGAUGGGUGGGACCGCACGUCUCAGGUUUGCUCAGUGGCAAGUCUACUCAUUGACCCAUACUACAGAACCAUGAAAGGCUUUAUGGUAUUGAUUGAGAAAGAUUGGAUUUCGUUUGGUCAUAAAUUUAAUCACAGAUAUGGACAUUUAGAUGGAGACCCAAAGGAAGUAUCCCCAGUGAUUGACCAGUUUCUAGAGUGUGUCUGGCAGCUUAUGGAACAAUUUCCAUGUGCAUUUGAGUUUAAUGAAAGGUUCCUCGUCCAUAUUCAGCAUCAUAUAUACUCCUGCCAGUAUGGAAACUUCCUGUGUAAUUGCCAGCGAGAGAGAAAAGAACAGAGGGUUCAAGAGAGAACGUACUCCCUUUGGUCCUACCUGUGGAAGCAGCAUUUGGAUUACAUGAACCCCCUUUACAGACCAAACCACAGUCAGACAUUGGGCAUGCUGCGACCUAAUACAGCGCCAUCCUCUUUCAAGUUUUGGAGAGGACUUUACAAUCGCUUUGAGAAAGGUAUGCACCCCAGACAGUGCGUGACUGAUUAUCUGCAGGCAGUGAAGGAAGAAACUCAGCAACUUGAGGAAGAGCUGGACUGCAUGGAAAAGAGACUAGCAAAGCUGGAGACUCGUCAAACCAAUGAAGUAAACAAGAAGUUUGAUGACCAAGCGAAAAACAACACAUUCCAGAUGUGUAUCACCAAGAACUCUCCUGUAAACUCGCCCCAGGAUUACAGCAACAACCUGAAGUUGUUCCCUUCCCGCAGCCCAUCCCAGGGUGAGGAGGAUUCGGCCCUCAUUCUUACUCAAGACCACUUGAAAAGCUCUGACCCAGACCUGUCUGCCAACAGUGACCAGGAGUCUGGGGUGGAGGACUUAAGCUGUAGGUCCCCAAGUGGUGGAGAUUCUCUACCCAGUGAGGAUAGCGGGAAGGACCCCGAUUCAGACGAAGCCAUGUUUCUGAAUGCUUAGGUCUUUUUCAGAUUUAUUUAUAGGGAGUUGUGCAAUGUUAUCUGGGAACGAUAUAUUGAAAAGGAAAAUGCCCUCCUUGGUUCGUAGUUUGGGAGAGGAGUGCGCCAUGCAUUGAAGAUUCUACAUCACAACCUUGCUGGUGUGGUACUCACAAGCAUUAUGAACUGAACUUGGACACCCCUG